AUGGCUUCGACAAACGUGCGACAGCAAAAACCACGUCGUCCGGAGUUUGGUUAUUCUGGCUCUAAUGCUGGUCAUAAUAACCGUAAUCAAAAAAACAGAUGGGGUAAUAACAAUUCUCAUGGGGUGAUUUCUACAAGAAAUCAACCGCUUAACAAUACACAAGCACCUAACUCACAUCACAACCAUGCUCAAACAAUCGCAUCAACGCAGAAUGUUCGAAAACAAGUUGACAGUUAUCCGGAAGAUACAGUAGCAGCAAAACACAUGCAUGAUCGCGUGCUAUUUUUACUUACUCUGUUUGCGGGUAAGGUCGUCGUUGUCACUGUGAAGGAUGGAACAAAAUACGAAGGACUCUUUCAUACAGCCUGUACAGACACAGAUAUGGGCGUCAUUUUGAAAUUUGCACGAAAACUCCCAUCAAAGCCAGGAGAAAAGAAAGGAAAAGUGUUGUCGACGUUUAUUAUACUUGCAAAAGAUUGUAUGGAUAUCUAUGCAGCAAAUAUAGACCUUUCAGCAAACGAUAAACCGAAUAAUGAACGAGAAGGAUUCAGGAUAGAUACCGACAUUAGCGGACGCACCGAAAUCCGCGAAAGAGAAUUGCACAAAUGGACACCAGAUGACAUUGUCGGAUCUGAAACUAUGGUUGGAUUGGAAGAUGAACCCAGUCUGGAUGCGGGCAAUGGCAAUUGGGAUCAGUUUGCAGCGAACGAACAACUAUUUGGCUUGAAAACGGACUUUGAUGAAGAAAUAUACACAACUAAACUAGAUAGAUCGAAAGCUGAUUUCAAAGAACGCGAAAGGCAAGCAAUUCAGCUUGCUAACGAAAUCACGAAAACACAAACUACUAAUGUACAUGUACUCGAAGAGCGCGGAGUUCUGAUUGACGAUAGUCAAAUGGAUGAAGAGGAAAGUGCUCAACAAUCACAGAGCCAGAACUCAAAAUCUCCACGCACGCCAACGCAACCAUUAAUUCCAUUGUCUCCCCAACAAUCCAACCCAAUUCCAGUCCCAGCCCCUGUUCCCACCCCUGUUAAAAAACUUGAACCGUCUGCUAGUCAAAUUGCUAAAGACUUGGCAAAGGAGGCAACUAAAAAAUCACUCCAAGAGCAAAAAUCUGGUUCACCUGGCGCAUCCGCAGUGCCACCUGGUAGUAAUAAAGCGUCUUCGUUUAAUGGCCCUAACUCGUUGGCACAAUUUAGGAUUGCCGAACCAGUAGUGGCGUAUUUCAACUCACAUUCGCAGAUGGCAAAUAGGAAAAUAAUUGAGGGUCAGGGUAAGCCGAUCGAAAAGGAAAUUGUUGGUACUUUCAAGCAAUUUGUCAAUACAGAGAAGGAGAGAUUGCAGCAGAAAAAGCAGGCGAUUUUCCAAAAGGAAAUGGAUGGAAAGGUGGCAGAAUUAAAGAAGUGGGGGAUGGCUUUUAAGCUCAAAUCAUCACCACCGGAAGAUCUUAUUCCUAUAUUAACGAACGAUGAAGCCAAACGCCAAGCACUUGCGACCAAAAAUGUUACCAUUAACAACCAACCUACCAUAUGCAUAUCAACCACACCCCCAGAAAAAGACCACCAAAAUACCGAGAAUUCAGAGAAGAAGGAUGAUAAACUUACAUCUGAUGCCAAUAGAUCCAAAGACAUCAAAUCCGAAGAAAAGAGAGAUAAACCUCAGGAUGUCAACAAGACUAAAAAAGAAGACAAGUCCAGCCACAAGGGAAAUGUCCCUUUCCAAACCGAACAGAAGCCAGAUGUGAAGAAGCUGAAUAUCACUGUAAAAGUAAAUGAAGAUAAAUCGAAGACUGUUGAUAGAGAUGGCAAGAAUACCGGCGGGGAAAAUAAAAACAGCGCUGAGAAGAAUACAAACGCGGAGAAGACAAGUUCGAAUUCGUCAUCUUUAGGUACAGCUUCAAGAGCGACUACAACUAGCUCUAAGUCAACUUGGAAGCCGAAUCCGAAUGCUGCAUCAUUUACUCCGACUGUUCCCACGUCGGCUACGUCAAACGAUCAUAACAAGUCUCCCGCUUCUUCACCAUUUUUAAGUCAACGACAAUUGAAAAGAAUUACCACCUCCUUCCAGGGUAACUUUACACCUUUCCACAAGAGCAAGCCAAUUGCCAAUCCUAGCACCAUUCGUAAGCAGCAAUUUCAAUUCCUGGAUAACGCAAUAACUCUGAAGACUGUCUUCCCACCAAUAUGGCCAUUUGGACAACGGCCAUUCCGACUACAUUUUAGCAGCCAAUAUGAAGAAGACAUGUAUACACCGAAUGUGCCUUCUCAGUUUGGAUUCCAAUAUGCGGUUGCCAGUCCGCAAUUCAGAUAUCCAACACAGUAUGUGGGGGUUCCCCCAACUGUGAUGCAACAAGCGCCUAUGUAUAUGCCACAAGGGCAUUUUGUGCCAUUCACUUCGCCUCCGAUGCCAGCAGCAGGCGGACCGCCACAGGUGAUGUACAAUCCACAGAUGCCAUCCGGAAUGCCCCCCCAGCAUUUUAGCGCACAAGGAUUUCCGUCUCCAAAUAGGACGCAAAUGGUUCCUGGAAUGCAUCCUCCGAUGUAUCCUCCUUAUCAACAGCAUGUUGCGAUGCCACCUAUGAUGCGCUAUCCUCAUGAAAUGGUAGCACAUGUUCCUCCAAACGGUGUGAUGAUGGGCCAGCGUCCAAUGAUGAUGGAACAGUAUCACGUACAAGGUGAAGGUGCACCUAUGGAAGCAAUGCAAGCUCCCGAACCGACACCAACGCAACAUCGCUUGGAUGAAUGGACUUUUGGGUCAUUAGAGAAUGGGCCGUGUGAAGACGUUUUUUCCGGGACUGGUCGUAAAACGUUGUAUGCAGUAGUGUUUUGA